AUGUCUCACGUCCUGUUGAUUGGCAUAUUCUUCGUUGGAGCUUCUGCGAAUGUUCCGAGGUCACUCAACUUCAACACGACUGUUGGUCCUGAUGGUCCUUGGAAUGCUCUGGUCCAAACAGUCUCAUGGCCACAACAAAAUAUCACGCUACUUCCAUCGUUGACAAAAACCAAUUUGAUUGUUCACUCAGAUGCUUGCUCCGAUCCGAGUAGCGCUUGCCCACAAUCACAAUCAACUCUAUGGACUGGAUUGGAGGGUUCGUGGUCAUGGAUGAACAGUACUGCAUUUGAUGCCUCGACGUGGGACUCGUCUCUUCAUCCUCUGAACAUCUCUGGCCAAGUAAGCUACAUCAGCGAUAGAAUAACACUGGAAGGUCCCGGAGAUGGCAAUCCCUAUCUCGACUUCAUCGCCAAUGCCAUCGAUCAAGACAUCAACGUCAACUUCGCCUCAGAAAGUGCGUGGUAUACGCUUAACACGGGAUUCUUCUCGCUCUCUGGCGCGGAACAGCACAUCGAGUACACUUCUGUGAAUGGUAGCAAUGUCUCACUAAACACAACCCUAGCCUCAGCGUAUAUACAAGACGCCAUUUCUGCCCCCUUCUAUGGUCUUCACAUCGGUUCGGCUUCGAAUUCAGUUCCAGUGCCCGGCAGUCUCGUCCUUGGGGGAUAUGACAAGUCUCGAUGCCUCACAUCCCCAAUAGUUUCAGACACGGACGUGUUCGACCUGACCGACAUUGGUCUGGGUGUUGCCAGUGGAGAUUCUCCAUUCCCGAAGGAUUCACAAUUGCCAGUGCGCAGACUCUUGCAGAUUAGUGGAGCCAGCAGCAUCAAAGCAUAUCCAAACCCAGGUGUGCCAUAUUUCUAUCUACCCCAGGAGACGUGUGAUGCGGUUACGGAGCAUCUUCCAGUUGAUUUCAACGAGACUCUUGGCCUCUAUAUUUGGAACACAUCGGCGCCAGCUUAUCAGGAUAUAAUAACCUCGCCCUCGUAUCUCUCUUUCGACUUCCAGUCAGGAGAAUCUACAAACACGAUAUAUCUGCCGUUUGCUCUCCUGAAUCUUACCCUGGAGUGGCCACUCGUUGACGCCUCAACACAGUACUUUCCAUGCUCACCAUACCAAUCGCCUGACGGCAGGUUCCAUCUCGGCCGUGCAUUCCUUCAGGGAGCUUUCAUGGCUCAGAACUGGCAGACUGGAAAAUUGAUGCUUGCUCAGGCACCUGGACCAGAUUUGUCAGACAUGUCUCUGGCAACGAUCUCUGCUAAUGACACCUCGGUUUCGCCCAUGAUCAAGGCUCCGUCUUGGGAUUCGACUUGGGCGUCGAAACUGAAGGCUUUCCACCGUAAUGAUUCUGCUUCGGGCAAUGGCAACACCGUAACUGCCGACCAUAGUCAUGGCCCGUCUACAGGAGCUAUAGCCGGUAUAGUUGUUGGUGUCGUUGCGGCAUUGCUGCUCCUCGCGGGAGCGUGUUGGGCCUCGUUCCGACGACGAAAAACAAGCUCAACCACAUUUGACGAUGAUGAAAAGUCGCUCCCUCACCUCGUAGAAAUGUGUGACACGGUAUCUUCUGCAUCAUCUCUGCCUUCUGAGGUCUGGGCGCCAGGCAAGCAUGGACUGACGAUGGAUCCGGUCGAGAUGGACGCUGCUACUAUCAACGAGCUUUACGGUUCAUCGGUUGGAGGAAGUAAGAGGGAUGAGACUCGCAUGUGA